GUAUGUAAGUGCUGCGCCGAAUCCGAUUCACAAGUCGCCGAAAGCCCCCUGAUGUAAACAACAAGUGUAGGUAAAGUUUGGCAGGUGUGAGGAGGCAGGCUGCUCCCCCCACUCCACCAAGUCCUUCGGGGCGUCGCCUCCACCUCCGCUAGUCUUUCCCACACCCUUGUGCUGUGCCACAUUACCUGUCUCACCUCUGUAUGCCGUGAGUGUGAGGGAACUGUCAUGGCUUGGUCAGGUGGCAAUUCAACCACCACAAACACCACUCCCUCCAACAGCGCCUUCUCACACCUUCGCAACAUGCAGGAAGGGGACCUCAGCUCAUCAGAGGAGUGCCUGGUGUACACACCCGGCAGCAGCAGUGGCAAGGGAGGCUCUAGUGCCGGCAGCUUUGCACCAGCCUCUGCCACGGCACUCCCCUCCAAUCACCAGGCCAACAAGACCCAGGCUGCCUCCAUGCCGCUCUCUGCUGGAAACAGCUUGGACGGACCGACCACAGCCCCUCCCCCCUCCCCUGCCUCCCCAACACACUACAACAACCAUGCCAGCCACACCUCAGCCCCCAAAGCCUCUGCUAGUCCCCUUGCCACUGAUGGGACUGAGGAGAAUGCUGGGGCCAUCCUCCCAUCAACAGUGUACAACCACCCACCCAUUGGUCCUCCUGUCUACCCCUCCCUUCCCCCUGUGCCCCCUCCCUCAGCCCUCCCCAUCAGCCUCCAGCCCUCUGUCCCCACCCUCCCUCCCCUCAAUGCUGUAGGUCUUCCCUCACCUCCUCCACCACCACCACCACCGCCACCACCUCCCCCACUCUCUGGCGCUGUCUCCCUCCUACCUAGUGUUCUCUCCAAUAGUGCUCCUACCCCUGCCCCCACCCCUGUCUCCCCAACACCUCCAAGCAGUGGCCCUCCCCUCUCCCCUGCAGCUGGUGGGGGGAAUAAUGUCCCACUACCCCCAACCUCUGCCUCUGGGAUGGCCACUACUAAUUCCAAUGGAGUUGCGGCUGCUCCAGUGGUGCCUCCUAACAAUAAUGGUGGUGGCUCGCCUCCACCCUAUAACUGGCAAGCCAACAUGACCACUGUGAAGGAGAGAUUUGCAUUCCUGUUCAACAAUGAGAUCCUGAGUGACGUGCACUUCCUGGUAGGGAAGGGUGACUCCUGCCAAAGGAUCCCAGCCCAUCGCUUUGUAUUGGCUGUGGGCAGUGCUGUGUUUGAUGCAAUGUUCAACGGACAGCUCAGCACUCGCCAGGACCAGAUUGAGCUGCCUGAUGUGGAGCCACAAGCUUUCCUGGCACUGCUCAGGUUCCUCUACAGUGACGAGGUACAGAUUGGACCCGAAACAGUGAUGACAGUUCUGUACACUGCUAAGAAGUACGCCGUGCCAGCCCUGGAGAAGGCCUGUGUGGACUUUCUAAAGAGGAACCUUUCUCCUGACAAUGCCUUCAUGCUGCUCACCCAGGCAAGACUCUUUGAUGAGCCCCAGUUGGCUGCACUGUGCCUGGAAACCAUUGAUAAGAACACAGCAGACUCCCUGGCAGCAGAGGGCUUCACUGACCUGGACAACAGUACCCUCUGCAUGGUGCUGGAGAGAGACACACUCCGCAUUCGGGAGGCCAAGCUCUUUGAGGCGGCUGUCAGGUGGUCAGAGGCAGAGUGUGAGCGGGAGGGCAUGCCAGUAACAGGAGCCAACCAGAGGAAGCUGCUUGGCCCAGCUCUAUCCCUGGUGCGCUUCCCUCUUAUGACUGUAGAGGAGUUUGCCCAGGGACCUGCCCAGUCUGGCAUCCUCACCGACAGGGAGGUGGUGCAACUCUUCCUGCACUUCACGGUGAACCCGAAGCCUCCUGUCAACUUCCUGGACAUUCCUCGCUGCUGCAUGACAGGCAAGGAGCAGACAGUGUGCAGGUUCCAGCAGAUAGAGUCACGCUGGGGUUACUCAGGCACCAGCGACCGUAUUAGGUUCAUCGUGGAUCGACGGAUAUUUGUGGUUGGGUUUGGCAUGUACGGCUCCAUCCACGGGCCGUCAGAGUAUGAGGUGACCAUUCAGAUCAUCCACACUGCCACAGGGAAGGUGUGUGCUAGCAACGACACCAGCUUCACCUCAGAUGGCACUGUCAACACCUUCCGAGUCAUGUUCAAGGAGCCAGUGGAAGUCUUGCCAAAUACCAACUACACUGCAUAUGCUACUCUGAAGGGUCCAGAUUCUCACUACGGAACGAAGGGGGUGAGGAAGGUGGCGGUGGAGUGCCCCUCAGGAGACCGGGCCACCUUUCAGUUCACCUACGCUGCUGGCAACAACAAUGGCACGUCAGUGGAGGACGGACAGAUCCCUGAGAUUAUCUUCUACACUUAGAGACUCUCCUCUAUAGUGCUGGCCAGGCAAGGGGCUCUGUGCAGUGUGGUGUCAGAUGUAGUGUUGGUUGUUCUGGGAUACUUAGUGGUGGCUAGUUUGGUUUCACUUGUUGGAUAUAAAGUUGCCUGCCUUGACAGCACUAGUGUUGUCCAGGCAAGGCUCUCUGUUGGGUUGCCCUCUCAUGUAUUGGUUUCACAAGGAUGCUUGGUGGUUAUAUUUUGUUUCACUUAUGAAGUAAAUUGUUCCCUACAUAAUUAUUUCACAGCAUUCCUGUACUAAUGUCAUGAAAGCAAGGGUCUCUGUGGCUUGCUUUCUUAAAUCUGGUAUUGGUGUACAGGAGUGCCUCUACAGUUCAUGGUAGUUUAAGUGAAGGUUGCAUUACUGUAUUCUCUACAAUCUACCUGUCUGAUUCUAUGUAUGCAGUAUGCUUUAUGAAUAAUCAAAUUAAGAUUGAUAAUGUAUGCAAGUACCAAUAGUAAAUAACACUAAAUAUCGUUCAAGUUUCAGAUUAUAAAUAAUGUUUGUUCUCUGUGUAUGUUAUUGGUAUGAUGAAUAUUCAUGAAGUAUACUUCAGUACAUGCACAGCUUUGGACAGGUGGUUGUCAAACAUGAAAAUGCAACCUCAAGUUCAUGUGCCUGCUUUUAGUUUGACAGAAAAUGUUGGUUGAUCUGAAGUUUGUUUUUGUUGAUUAUGAGGAACAAACCCACAAUGAAUUUGAAGGGAAAAGAAUAUAGACAAAUGUGAAGGAAGUUUAACAAAUUCUGGCCACUCAAAGCUGGAUUUAUUUGUCAGAUCAGAUGUGGUAGAUCAGACUGUUAGGUUAGGACUUCAAGGUGAUGGAUAGACUUUAUAAUCAUUGCUGGACUAGUUGAUGUCAUGAGGAUAAUUGAAAUAGAAAGAUGAGUAUCUGAAUAUAAGACUAUGUGAAAGGAAAAAAGCCACUGAUAUAGAAUUUCCAGGCUAAUGUGUCCAAGGAAUCUCAUGAGCUGAAAAUGAUCAAAAGUACCAUUGGUAUAAGUCACAUUUGUACUGUCACAGUCAUAAGAACCAUAUUCUGAAACAUUUCACCACACUUCCACUACUUUCAGAAGGCUCUAGUUGAAGUGACACAGGUUUUUAAGGGUGUUUUUAUGGUCACAAUGACAAAUUGUUGAGAUUUCAACAUUAUUGACAGGAGAAACACUCUUGGGAACUGGACUUUUCAUCUGUGGCCUUGGAAAAUAGUUGUGGUGAGAGAGCAAAGCAUUACAGAAUACUGGCUUAAGUGAUGUAGCCUGUCCUCAUUCCAUUGUGUUUUGUGUUUCUCCUUGUCUUAAGUUAUCUCAUGUAGAAAUCUAUCAGUUGUAGGUUUUUUAACGAGGUUUUCAGUGAAUCAGAGCAGAGAAAACAGGAAAUAUUGUGAAGUGAGUACAGGGUUUGUGACUGUGACUGUACAUGCAUGUUUGUCUGUGUCUGUGAGUAUGAGUGUGAGUGAGUGAGUGAGUGUCUGUCUGUAUUUGUGUAUGUGUGAUCUUAGCCAUUAGACAUUAGAGGUGGUCACUGUUGAGGCAUUCACUGUUUAUUUCAAGUAUUCUGUGUAUUAUGUUUCCUUCACCUAAGCAUUAUGGUUUAGACUGGGUGUGGUAUUAGUAGUGGCUUGUGCAUGUCUCCCUCACUCCUUAGUCUCCAGGAAGUGUUAGUAUUAUACACUUGACUUCUUUGCUCAAGUAGAGUAUUACCUUUGACUUGAUGUUACUUUCAUCUGUUUAUUUAGGCUUCAUUGCUAUUUACAGUGUAUAUCCUUUGAAAUAGGCAUUGGUAAUAUGGCGUAUAAGACCUGGUGCAUUUCACUAGAUUAAGGUGCUGUGUUACGUUAAAAUAGGGUUUGUGUAGACGGAGGUGGUCCAUUGUGAUGAUGGUGAUGGUAAUUCAAGAGUCUGUAAUCACUUGCAGUUUGUAUGGUGAUGUCAACAAAUGUACUGUGAUGUUUUCUUAUGUAAGGUUUAGUAUUCAUAGUUGGACAGGAGGCUCAGAAUGAAUUUUUCACCUUUAUUUGUAUGGAGGUUAGACAAGGCAUAGAAACGAAAGAGGCAAGGCAAGACAGGAAAAUAGAGAAAGAAUAUCCUAAAAAAAAAUCUGAUAACUAGGAGAUGUCUGUGGCAAUCUAUGUGGGAUUGUUGGUGUGGAGUAUAAGUAGAUAGAUAAGAAAUGUAUAGAAACAAUAAUAACGCAAAGUGGUGGUGAGAAGGCUGGUUGGUGAUUGCUGUCCUGGUACAUAGAUAGAUAGAUAGGAAAUGUAUACAGGAAAUAAAGAUCCAAGAUGAAAUAGUGAUAAGGUUGGUAAUAAAGCCAUGCUACCUCCAUCCUAAGCCUGAGCCAGUGUCACCCUUGCCUCUGCUACCUUGCCAAGUAAAUGUGCACAUAUCAUAACAGGAGGUGGUCAAGAUAACCUGUGGAAGUUAAGCAAGGUCAGUGGUUAUUUGUUUUGAAGGUUCCAGUCAUUCCCUGCAGUGUCUCUGUGGUGCAAUAAGUGUUCAGCUACUUCACCUACAGAAACUCAUGUAGGUGUGAGGUGAAUGGUUCCUAUUUUGUGAUGGUUGAGUUGCAGAUUGCAUCUUGGUUCAGGUAAACGCAGGAACUGAUGGGCUAAAGAACCUAUUGUAUUACUUGGUUGUGGUGUUGCUGUGUAGUAUUAUGUAUUAUUGUUACUAUUAUCUCAUCCUGCUUACAUAUUCCUAAGGCUACACUGGGAUAGUUAUUACUGUGUUCUUAUUUUUGCUUUGUGGGUUUCGUUAUGCAAAUAGGAUUCCUGAAAAUUCUACCGUUCAUUGCCGUUUAGGAUGCCAAAUAACUUUAAGGGUAAGAGAUUCUAGUCAUGUGUUUUAAGGUAACAUGCAUUAGAUUCUUGGUUCUUCAAUAACUGACCUAUGCUGGAAGCUGUCCUGUGUACUCUCUGUGACCUAGGAAAUAUAAACUUGGUAUGGGAA